GGAACGUCGGAUUUGCUGUCUGUCCCCCAUUUCCAAUUAUAGAUGGAUCAUUACAGACAGAGAAGUACUGAGAAUCCAGACAUCUGCUCUUCACAUGAAUGCACUCACCUCCUAGAGAACAGCCUGCCAUCAUGCUCUGGAAACUGGUUGAAAAUGUCAAGUAUGAAGAUAUCUAUGAGGACCGGCAUGAUGGAGUCCCCAGCCACAGCUCCAGAUUGUCCCAGCUGGGCUCUGUCUCCCAGGGACCCUAUUCCAGCGCGCCGCCGCUGUCUCACACCCCGUCCUCGGAUUUCCAGCCGCCUUACUUCCCACCCCCCUACCAGCCUCUUCCUUACCACCAAAGCCAGGACCCGUACUCCCAUGUCAAUGACCCUUACUCCCUAAACCCCUUGCAUCAGCCCCAGCAGCACCCUUGGGGACAAAGGCAGAGGCAAGAGGUGGGAUCAGAAGCCGGCUCACUGCUGCCACAGCCUCGGGCCGCCUUGCCUCAGCUCUCGGGACUGGACCCCAGGCGGGACUACCACUCAGUGAGGCGGCCAGAUGUUCUCCUUCACUCGGCACACCAUGGCCUGGAUUCCGGCAUGGGAGACAGCCUUUCUCUGCAUGGCAUCGGACACCCAGGAAUGGAGGACGUGCAGUCAGUUGAAGAUGCCAAUAACAGCGGUAUGAACCUAUUGGACCAGUCUGUCAUUAAAAAAGUUCCAGUUCCUCCAAAAUCUGUUACUUCUCUGAUGAUGAAUAAAGAUGGCUUCCUGGGUGGCAUGUCAGUCAAUACAGGCGAGGUGUUUUGCUCAGUACCUGGCCGCUUGUCCUUGCUCAGUUCCACUUCAAAGUAUAAAGUAACCGUGGGAGAAGUUCAAAGACGCCUCUCGCCUCCAGAGUGUCUGAAUGCAUCCCUCUUAGGAGGAGUCCUUAGAAGAGCCAAAUCGAAAAAUGGAGGGAGAUCGUUGAGAGAGAGGCUAGAAAAAAUCGGUUUGAAUUUACCAGCCGGCAGGCGUAAGGCCGCAAAUGUCACUUUACUCACCUCCCUGGUGGAAGGUGAAGCUGUUCACUUAGCUCGGGAUUUUGGAUACAUCUGUGAAACGGAGUUUCCAGCCAAAGCUGUUUCCGAGUACCUGAACCGACAGCACACGGACCCCAGCGAUCUCCACUCCAGGAAGAACAUGCUCCUGGCUACAAAGCAACUUUGUAAAGAAUUCACGGAUCUCUUGGCCCAGGACAGGACACCCAUUGGCAACAGCAGGCCCAGCCCUAUUUUGGAACCAGGCAUUCAGAGCUGCUUGACUCACUUCAGCCUCAUCACCCAUGGCUUUGGGGCCCCAGCCAUCUGUGCUGCCCUCACAGCCCUCCAAAACUACCUGACUGAAGCUCUCAAAGGCAUGGACAAGAUGUUCUUGAACAACAACACUGCUAACAGGCACACAUCUGGGGAAGGACCAGGUAGUAAAACUGGAGACAAGGAAGAGAAACACAGAAAAUGAAAAAAGGAGAAAAAUAAAUAAAUAAAAGAAAGAAAGAGAGAGAGAGAGAGAGAGAAUCUUUUAAAACAAACAAAACAGUUUUAAUUUUAGCUUUAAAAUAUUGAAUUGGGAUUUGGAAGAAUUAUAUUAGGUAGGACAAAAAUAAUAAUAAAAAGAAAGACAAUAACUUAAGAUCAGAGGCGCACAAUGGAGCAAGAACAGUGGCUCAAUGUCUCUUACACGGAACAUUUGAAGACAACCACCAGGAUUUUUCCACUUCUGUUCUCACUUUUUUAAUGAUUUUUUUGGGGGGAGGGGGCAAAAUAAAAUAAUAAUAAUAAUAAUAAUAAAAGGAAGAAACGAAUAACUUAUUGGAAGAAAUCAGAGAAACACUUUGGUGUCAGUGCGUUGGUUUCUUGUUUGGGCUCAGAUGUACAGUCUAUCUUUUUUUUUCAAUCAAACAAUGUCCUGUGUCUACACUGGGGAAAACAAAAAAAAUCUUCCAGUAAUGUUAUCUGGGACAUUUCCAUUCCUAGCAUCAGCACCCCUCACUUCCAUCCCUGCCCUCAUCUUAUCUUGCUCCUCUGGAUCUAUCUAGACUAGAAAAGGGGCUGGUUUGGGUAGCAAAGGCUACAAUAUGACUUGCUAAUAGAAUUGUAAAUGUAUUAAACUGUUUCUACAUUAAUUACAGUGUCUACAUUAAUUACAGUACAUUGGGUGUUUCAAGUCAUGUUAGCUCAAUCCAGUUCACUAACUCAAUUUUUAAAAG